AUGACGCUGCUCCCCCCGCCCGUGGUCGAAGUAUCUGCUGCAGUGAUAGAUAAGGAGAAGGAUGCUGCGCACGAUUGCACGGAGGAGCCGAAACACGACAUUGCCGACGUCGGUGGAUCUCCUCCCUCUGGGGGACGCGGGAGGCGUAGGCAGAGGAAGAGCGAUGGGGAGGAGGAGUAUGACACCCCCGUGGCCGAGGACAUCCCCAUACGCGCAAAGAGGAGGCAGACGACAGCCAGCGGUGACGACGCCGGUGGUGCUGAAGUUGGGACAACGCGAGGCACCACGGAGCCAAGUGGCUUGGCGACAGAUCAUGCUUUGCGGCAAAAGGGCCGACCCGGUCCGCGGAAACCAUCUAGCGGACGGAGGGGCAAGCAAGCCUCGAGGGGGAAGAGGCCGAAGCGCGGCAAAGAAGGCCCUGGUGAAGCGGAUGUUGAGGACGAGGGGGAUGGGGAGGAGGAGGCCGAGGAGGAUGCGGAGGAGGAGGACGAGGAUGCAGGGGAGGAAGAAAAGGACGAGGAUGAGCAGGAGGACGACGAUGAUGAGGAGGAGGAGGAGGAUGAUGGCGACGAGGAGAAGGAGGAGGAGGACGAUGAGGAUGAGGAUGAGGACGAGGAGGAGGACGAUGAGGGGGACGACGAGGAUCAGGAGGAAAAGAAUGAGGAGGAGGAGGAGGGGCAGGACGAGGAGGAGGAUGAGGAGGAGGAGGAGGAGGAGGAGGAGGAGGAGGAGGAGGAGGAGGAGGAGGAGGAGGAGGAGGAAGAGGAGGAGGAGGAGGAUGAGGAGGAGGAUGAGGAGGAGGAGGACGACGUGGAGGAAGAGGAGGUGGAGGAAGGGGCGGAUGGGGACGAGGAGGAGGAGGAGCCGGCAGGGAAAGGACGGGGCGCGCGAGGCAGACGGGGGAGUGGCACAGGGAAGCCCCCCGUGUUACAGGCAUUGGGCCACCGGUAA